AUGGGCCGGAUGAACAGUGACGGCCCCCCCUCGGCUGAACCGAAAUUGGGCCCUCCCAACGAUAAGGAACUUUACUGGUUUUUCCUGGGGAAGUGUCCUCCUAAAGGUAUGGAGAACGGAGUGGAUCCAGAAAUGAUACAGAAGGAAGUGAGCGAAAAUUUGGCAAAGGACUUCCCACCCGGGUACCUGGACAUCGUCAAGCGCUCCGAUCUCUCGAGUUUGACAUGGGCCCCGCUGAUGUUCUGCUAUCCUUGGGACGUCCUGUUCGGAAACCUAGCCCGAUCAAACGUCACGGUGGCCGGAGACGCUAUGCACCCGAUGACCCCCGACUUGGGGCAGGGCGGAUGUUCGGCGCUUGAGGAUGCGGUAGUAUUGGACCGGCACCUCGGGGACUUGAUUUCCAAGCACGGCGAGCUCGUGACCCAAGAUAUUGGAUUUGCUAUAGAGAGGUACGCAAAGGAAAGGAGACUGAGGGCCGCCAUAUUGAUAACAGCGUCGUACUUCUCAGGUUAUUUGCAGCAAGAUGGAUCUAGUGGAUUAAUGAAGUUCCUGAGAGAUGUUGUGUUCUAUAGGCUUGUCUUGGCUAUAAUAGUAAAUAGCAUUACACAAUAUGAUUGUGGGAAGCUUCCUAGUGUCUCCUCUUUGCCUUCAUGUGUACCUGAAAGCUCCACCUAAUUAGCGAGUUGCAAAUGGUUAAUGGUCUUCUAUUUUAUUUUAUAUGGACGCGUUAGCAAUAUUAGGAUGUUUAUCUAUA